GUUGAUGCCCAUUCAAAUUUAACACACAAACCUAUUGUCUUACUGUUCUUAUUCUCUUGCUUGCUUUUCUCCCACAGCUUCUCAAGUUUCAUGGAUUGGUCGCACAAGCUUCUCUUCACAGCUUUUCUCAUUGUUGCUGCAGCCACUCAUGGAACUCAAGGUGAUGCCGUGGUCACUGGCACUGUCUUUUGUGAUCAAUGUAAAGAUGGCCAAAUAUCCCUUUUCGAUUACCCCUUAUAUGGAAUAAAAGUUGCAAUGGCCUGCCCAGGCAGUGAUGGGCAAUUCACCAUCUUGGGGGAGGAAACCACAAAUUGGUUAGGAAACUAUGCUAUGAGGUUUCAGGGUAUCCCAGAUUUAAGUGGUUGUUAUGCUCAAGUUUUAACUGGUGGGCAGGGGUCCAUGGGCUGUGGCAUGGCAGCUGGUGCUGCCCAGUAUCCGAGACUCGUGUUUAGGAUGUUCAAUAUGGAAAUUUAUACAGUUGAUCCUUUGCUCUCUCAACCUGAAGACCCUUUGCCCUUCUGCCCAAGGUCAGGUUCCCCUGUCCCUGUGCCGGUAACCCCUGAAACCCCUCCACCCGCGAGACUUCCACCAACGCCUCAACCGCCAUCAAUGCCACCAUUGCCUCCAAUGCCACCAGUGCCAUUCUUAGAAGCCUCAGCCUGUCCCUACAACAAUUGGACAAUGCCCGAAUACAAAUGCUACUGGAAGGUGGUGAGUCCAGACAUGAAAGUAGCCGUUGUUUUUGGACUGCUAGCUGCAAGAAAAUAUGGGACAGACAUUACUCUAUGGACAGCCUUGGGAGGGAGAGGAGACCCAUACAAGACCCUCCUAAGAGAAGGAACAACUGCACUUCUUAACUCCUAUAAUAGUCUCCAGUUUCAAUACCAUCCUCUUGAUGUGAUCGAACAUUUGAAUUUGGCCUUAAUGGGCUCGACUCGACAAGUCGUAUUGACAGCUCUGCGGUUCAUAUGGGCCAAUUCUGGUAACGGCAAUGUCAGCUGCAGAUUCACCCCUUGCAAGUAA